AUGCCCUUUUUAAGGAAGAUUACAGGUAAUGGCACCCAUUCCCGAUCUGGAUCGAACUCAUCGAUUAAACUCAACAACCAAAAUACUCCACAACAAUCUACAACGAAACAUCCCUUACCGAAAAUAUCAUCAAGGAAGAAUUUAUCGGGAGAUUACAGAGAUUCUGUAGUUUCCAAUGGAUCAGCUAUAAGUCAUGAUUUCAAGACUAAUAGCUCCAUGCCAAGCUCUAAUGUCUCUACGCCUAACUAUGACACCAAAUCGAAUAUAACCAGUCCAAUAUUUCAAAAUAAUAGUUCUGAAGAGAAUCAUCUGAUAGGGAGUACAUCGUCUACUAUGUCUGGCAUAACAAUGAUUAGUGAAUCACAGAAAAAUGACUCGAGAAAAUCGUCUGGAGGCAGUACAAACAGCUUAUCCUUUGACAAACUGAUUCUUUCGUGGGACCCGACGGAUCCAGAUGAAUGGACCAUGCAGCGUGUCAUUUCAUGGUUCAAAUUCCAUGAGUUCCCAGACACAUGGAUGAAUUUCUUUCGAAGACAUCAAUUAUAUGGUCACAACUUUAUCAAAUUAUUAGCAUAUGAGAAUUUUGCUAUAAUCGAAAGAUUUUUACCUCAAAAUAAGAAUGGGUCUUAUACUAGAUUCCAACAUCUUCUAAAGAAAACAAUGACGAAGAAUGUCAAUAAUACUCAUCAUAUAAGGCAAAAAUCUCUAGAGAAAUCCAAAUCCUCAAGAAGUUCUAGUGAUUCCAUUAAACUAAAAAAUAAAUCACAAGAUGAAAACCAAUCUUCGUCAUCAUCGUCAUCUAGAUCUGCCUCAGAAUCAGCGCUGACACCGACUAAAUCUGGUCCUUCGUUCAAAACAGAAACAACACCACUAUCGACAACAAGAACUCAUCAAAAAACUAAGAGUGCAAGCUCUUUAUAUAGAAGGAGUUUUAUUUCGUUGAGAGGCUCAUCUUCUUCAAAUUCUUCUAAUCAUACAAAGAGCCCUUCUUCCAACAUCAAAUUAUACAUUCCGUCGCGCCCAGAAUCCAUUAGUGAGUUAAAUAAUGGGAACAUAAAUUCUUCCUCUUCUACACCAAACAAGAAUACAACACCUCCAAAAUCUCCUUCAUACCCGGGAUUAUUUAAACGUCAUCAAAAAAGUAACUCUUCAGAAUCAUCGUUAUUGAAUACUCUCUUUGGAACUUCAAAUACAAAUAAUUCUACACCAAAGGAAAUUGCAAACAGUAGUAAUCUUUCAAAUUAUACAACCUCUAAUUCUUCCCGAUCUUCUGCAUCAUCCAACUCCAAUCAUCGUCACAGUGCAUCAUGUGAGAGUUUGUCGAAAAUUAGAGGAAUUGAAAGUUCAUCACCAUCACUAUUGAGACAAAGCUCCACUUUCCAUGAAGAGAAGGGUACAAUAUGGGAAAAAUUAAAGAGAAGGAGCCAAGUAAUGUCACAACAUCCAACUGUAUCGUCAUCAUUAUCAAUACCGUCCCCUUCGCCGACCAUGUCUGCUAAUUCAAGCAUAACCACACUGACUCCAAAUGGAGGUAACAUAUCGCCAACACCGUUGUCAACUCCCAAUACUAAGUUAAUACCUUCACAGAAACCUAUACCAUCCAAGACCCCUAAGAAAUUGAAUACUUCAGCUUCUACAACCAAUACUAAUAAUAAUAGUAACAACAACAUCAUCAAAGAUACUGUCAAUGUAUCAAAACCCCCAAUUGACAGGAUGUUUUUUCCUCAAAAAAAGUUAGAUGAAAAAUCUGAUGUCGAGAAACGUUAUAUAUUGGUGACAAAAGAUAAUGUAUCGUUCAUACCAAUAAAUAUUGGGCCAAUAAAAUCAUUAGAUAAAUUAAGGGAUCUAAUAAUGUUAAAACUUAAUCUUUCAAAUACAAACUUUGCAAUGCACAUGACAGAUUUCAAUCAUGACAUCGGUAUCACUAUUCCCGACAGUGUAUUAGAAACUUUUACCAAUUACGGGUUUAAUGACACUACCGGAAAAUUCUUCAUUAAAGACUUGAACAAACUUCCCAAAAGAAGAAGCAGAGCUGCCACUGUUUCUAGUGAAAAUCAUUUCAGAUCAUUAAAAAGUAAGAGCUCUGCGGGUUCCAUGGCCAGCAGUAUGGUUACUAAUAAUGAUGAAGCAUCAAUUGCAACCUCUUCUUCAGACAUAACAUCAUUUGAUGACUUUGCAUCUGCAAAUGGAAGGAGAUAUCCCCAAACACCGAGUUAUUAUUACGAUGCUGUUUCUAACAAUGCUAAUGCUAGUAAUAAUAAUAGCAAUGGCACCAACGAGGAACUAAAUUAUUGGAAUUAUAAAGAUCACGCCGUCUUAGAAGAGAAGGUUGGUGGGGCAUCCAAAUUACAGACAAAGACUGCUCCAAAAUUUAAUCUAAUAUUACCUGAAAAGAAUAUUAUACCGAAGUUACCAUCAAGUAGUUCAGAUAAGAAGGGUACAUUUCAAAUACUUAGAAAAGAAGAAGCUAGUGAAAUUGAUUUCAAUAAGAGACGUGAAUCACCAUAUUCAAAACCAGAAUUGGCUCCUAAAAGGGAAGCCCCCAAACCACCAACAAAUGUUUCACCUCAAAGAGUUUUAUCGAUAUCAAGUCAGUCAUCUACUAUACCUGGAACUUUGAGGAGGACGACAACCAAGAUUUAUAGAAAUGGGAAAGUCAAACGUCGUGAACCGCCUAUAAUAUCGACAUCAGCUGAUUCAGUAAGCCCAUCAAAUGAGCAUAUUGUCACUUCUUAUACACCUGGGUCCACAAAUGUAUUGGUUCCUCAACCGUAUAAAGGUGCUAACCCUGACGUACCAAGGAAGGUGAAGUCUGAUGAUGAUACCGUCUUAAACCCUAUAUCUGCAUUUAUGAACAAACAAAGGGUAAACAGAUCAAAUUCAACUAUUUCAACUUCAAAUUCUAUAUUCCACUCUCCAUCCCCAUUACUGAAAAGGGGUAGCACACGAAGAAUUGUAUCAUCCACUUCUGCUGCUGAUGUGUUCGAAGAAAAUGAUAUUACUUUUGCAGAUGUUCCCUCAUUGUCAGAUUCUGAUGGGAAUGAUGAUAAUGACACAAGUUCGUCGGAUGAUAUUAUUUGGGCAUCUAAAAAACCAUCAGUAUCAGAAGACCGUCCUGAACCACCAUCAAACGAUGAUAUGGUUCUGAAGCCCAUCAAGUCGGAAGAUAAUGAUAAGAUAGAAAGGAAAAUGACCUUGAGACCAUCACCAGAAGUAGUCUAUCAGAAUCUUGAAAAAUUCUUUCCGUCAGCAGACCUAGAUAAACCUGUUGUUGAAGGAAUGGCCUCCCCUACUUCACCUCGAUCAAUAGACCAUAAUAUCUUUCAGACUACAAAUAGUGAUACACCGAGAUCGAGCGCCCCCACCUCGCCAAUAGCACAUAGUAAACCGACCUUAUCAGAGUCCCCAACAGAUACUUUGAAAAAUCCAAGCUUAAGAAAUAAUGUCCUAAAAUUACCAAGGAGAACGAAAACUAUAAGAACUAUUGCUCAUGAGGCUAGCGAAAAGAGAAAGAAGUCAAUUAAAUUGAAAAGACAAAACACAAAGAUGUGGGGCACAAGGACUGUAGAGGUCACCGAAAAACAACUGGUUUCUAUCAAUAAAUCAAGGAAUUCUAAAGGUGAGUACAAAGAAUUUGCAUGGAUGAAAGGUGAAAUGAUCGGGAAGGGUUCCUUUGGUGCCGUUUACUUAUGUUUAAACGUGACCACUGGAGAAAUGAUGGCAGUUAAACAAGUAGAAGUGCCAAAAUACAGUUCCCAGGAUGAAGCAAUUAUCAGCACAGUAGAAGCACUCAGAUCUGAAGUGUCAACCUUAAAAGAUCUUGAUCACUUGAACAUCGUUCAGUAUUUAGGGUUUGAAAACAAAGAUAACAUAUACAGUUUAUUUUUGGAAUAUGUUGCAGGUGGCUCAGUAGGGUCAUUGAUUCGAAUGUACGGAAGAUUUGAUGAACCGUUGAUCAGGCAUCUGAACACACAAGUUCUUCGAGGAUUAGCCUACUUACAUUCGCGAGGUAUUUUGCAUAGAGAUAUGAAGGCUGAUAACCUUCUAUUAGAUCAAGAUGGGGUCUGCAAAAUCAGUGAUUUUGGUAUUUCAAGAAAGUCAAAAGAUAUAUAUUCGAACUCUGAUAUGACAAUGAGGGGUACCGUUUUUUGGAUGGCUCCAGAAAUGGUUGAUACAAAACAGGGCUACAGUGCCAAAGUUGACAUCUGGUCCCUUGGAUGUAUUGUUUUAGAAAUGUUUGCCGGAAAGAGACCUUGGUCUAAUUAUGAAGUUGUUGCUGCAAUGUUUAAAAUUGGGAAAUCAAAAUCAGCUCCUCCAAUUCCGCCUGAUACUUUACCACUUAUAUCACAAAAUGGAAGAGAUUUCUUAGAUGCAUGCUUUGAAAUAGACCCCGAUAAUCGACCCACCGCAGAUAAUCUAUUAUCUCAUCCAUUUAGUGCAGUAGAUCCAUACUUUGAUUUCAAAACUACAAAGCUAGCUUCUUUCAUUAAAUCAAACGAUAAGAUAAAUUCUACUAAACUGAGGGUUAUUUCGCAGGAGAAGAAGUAG